AGUCACUCUCCCCCACUACAAAACUGGGCAGUAGUUCUGGGAGCUCUGAUGGAGCCCGAGGCCAAGUGGGACGGCAGCUCAGAGCAAGUGGAACUCGGCAGGAUGUCCCCAAGAAGCCAGGGAUUCACUAAGCUGACCAACCAGAAGACCUGUGGGAAGAGUAUACUUCUCCUCAUCUUUGUGCUGCUGAUCUCCGUGGCCCUGUGGGGAACACUCCUUUUCUUGUUCCUAACUCGGUUCAAAGAGAUAGCCCAGGACUUUGAGAAGCUUCGGGAGUCUUGUGUAUAUCACAAUGACUCUGGCAUUGUGACUAUCAUCAAGCGGCUACAGAUGGAUCAGUGGGACCUCAAACACGAUGUCCCUCAGCUCUCCAAGGCCCUGAACAAACUCCAGGCAGACCAAACAACCCUGAAAUCUCAAGCCUCUCAGGCCUCUCAACAACUGGACAGACUUGAAGAAGACAGCAGAACCUUCAAGUCCCAGGUGCUGAACGAGAAGAAUUCUGCUACUCAGGCUCGGGAAAAACUGCAGGAAGAGAUCGAGAAGCUUUGGACUGAAUUCCAAAGGGCAAAUGGAUGGAGAGUUCUCCCCUCUUCCCCCUCCCCAAACUCCACAACUUCUCAGCUCUCCCAAGGACCGGACAGACUUGAAGACCACACAGCCAUGCCAACCGAGGGCUCUGUCUGCACAAAUUGCCCAGAAGACUGGCAACUGUUCGAGAAAAAAUGCUACUUUUUUGGAAAGGAGCCCAAGACAUGGUCCCAAGCCAAGUUUGCCUGCGUCAACCUUCAAGGCCGGCUGGUCAGCAUCAAAAGCAAAGAGGAGCAGAUCUUCUUAACCCAGAAGUCCAACAAGAAGGGUUCCUGGAUUGGCCUCCGGGACCUGGACAUAGAGGGCGAGUUCAUAUGGAUGGAUGGGAGUCCCCUGGGCUACAGCAACUGGAGCCCAGGAGAGCCCAACAACCAGGGUCAGGGGGAGGACUGCGUGGCAAUGCGUGGCAUCAAUGGUCGUUGGAAUGAUGCCAACUGCCGGGGGCAACAGGACAGCUGGAUAUGUGAGAAGCUAGCCACAUGCUGACCACUGACAAUGGUCCAAGGCCUACAACCUGAGGCUAGCACCCAGCUUUAGCUGUGACAUGGCAUGGUGUUGGUGAUGUUAAUAGUGACAAUGGUGAUGGGGGAGAUGAUAAUAGUAUUUAUUAUUUCUCAUCAAGAAGAACAGGAAUUCCCCCCCUAAGCCCAAACACUCCCAUGCCCUUGGCUCUCUCCCCCUACUCCAGGCCUUUUACUCCUGAACUAGGACCCAAACCUCCAGUCUCCAGUGCCUUCCCUGAGCUAGGAGGGAAAGAUGACCCUCCUCCCAGCACCCACUUUCCCAGAGGUUGAAGGAAGGGCCAAGAUCUCCAGUCCCAACCUUCCCUAAAUUCUCAGCCUUUCAUCCCAGAAUGUCCAGAUGUUCCUUCUUACCUGCUUUCUCACCCACCAAAGAUUCUCAGAGAGUUUCCAAGGUAUGCCAGGGAAGGCCGACUUUGUCCUCACUCUUCCUUUCCUCCCACUCUACCCCAAUGGGUCAAAGAAUGGGGCCAGCCUCACAUUGUUCUUCUCUCAAGAGAACUGUGUUCCCAGUCAAGGUCGACAGCAGCCCACCACUCAUCAGGGAGGCCCAGUUCUUCUCAGUUUUCCUGUAAGCAGAAGCCUUCUGGGUUUUUCUCACCAUCUAUGGUGUAAAGCUGGCCUUCAGCCAUCCCACCUCCACUUCCACACCUCUACCUCUUAAAACUGCUCGAUUCCUUUAAGACUCUGCUCUAGUGGCACCUUCUACCAGAGGUUUUUCCUGGUUCACUCAGUUGUUUGAGUCUCUCCCAACCUCCCCAAAAUUGCCUUGUAUUUUUGUACAUAUUUUGUACUCAAUUAUCUACGUACGCCAUUUCCUCCACUCCACCACUAACAAGAUGACUGUUAGCUCCUUGAGAGUAAGGGUUAUUCCUUGUCUGUCUUUGUGCCAAGCUUGUCACAGUACCUGGCACAAAGAUUUUUAAUAAAUGUUUAAUAAAUGCUUAUUGAACUGAACUGAAUGGAAUCACCCGACUCCAAAGGACCUAGACUAAAACAUCCUUCCGGGCCUCCCUCCUCUGGCACAGAGGCAGUGGACUUGUACAGAACAAGACAUAAUUGGUCAGACACG